GCACUGUACAUUCAGCUGAGCAGGAAAGGAUUGUGCCUGCAAUACUGUCUGGGGAAGCGCUGGAGGGGAAGGAGAGGAUUUUUUUUUCUUACCCUUCCUUGUUAAUUGCUUCGGUGAUCCUUUCUCCAGCUCCCUGAUUCUUAAAGGCCACACUACCUUCUUCCUUCUGCUGAGUGUCAGUCUAAUUCUCUGCUGCACAGCCAUUUCUUUUCUCUGGUCCUGGAACAAACAAAUUCAGCAUAAUCACUAACAGCCCCGCUGCUCUUGGCACCGUCCAAACUGCUUCAGAACAACAAGCUGCAGCCCCAACUUCCCACACUUAUCAGGGACUCGUAAAGGGGUGCAACUGUUUUGGGGAUUUUUUUUUUUUUUUUUUUACCUAAGAAGUCAGAGUCGAUAGAGCGGAAUAAUAAUCAGAAUAAUAGGAGGAAGCACAGGCGCAUGUGCAUGGAGGAUGAUGAGCAGCCGGCCUUGGGUGAGCAGCCCAGCUUCAACGGAUGUGAUCAGGGCAAAGAUUUGCAGCUGCCUCCCGGCAUUGAUGGUGAAACUCCCAUGGGAUCAGAGCGGAUGGAGAUGCGCAAGCGGCAGAUGUCGGUGCAUCAGGAGGCAGUGAGUGGCACGCAAGCGCAGCAAGGUGUCGGGAAUAGGGGGUCUAAUGCCUGUUGCUUCUGUUGGUGCUGCUGUUGCAGCUGUUCAUGUCUUACAGUCCGGAAUCAAGAUGAUGAAAGAACAAGAAGGUCUUCUAAUGAAAUCAGAGGUCACGGCAUACCAAAAUGGGAGGACAGUCCAUCCCCUACACUAGAAGAUGUGUACUCCUGGGGGCAGUCAUUUGACACACUGAUGACAACGCCGGCUGGAAGAAACGCUUUCCGGGAAUUCCUACGUACAGAAUUCAGUGAGGAGAACAUGCUCUUCUGGAUGGCGUGUGAAGAACUUAAAAAGGAAGCCAAUAAAAAUGUAGUAGAAGAAAAGGCCAGGCUAAUAUACGAGGACUACAUCUCAAUUCUGUCUCCCAAAGAGGUUAGCUUGGACUCCAGAGUAAGGGAAGUCAUUAACAGGAACAUGCUGGAACCUUCCCAACGCACUUUCGACGAUGCCCAGCUUCAGAUCUAUACCUUAAUGCACAGAGACUCUUAUCCACGAUUUAUGAACUCUGCUGUCUACAAGAACCUCCACCAGUCCUUAUCGGAGAGCCUGGCCGAGUCUUAGUCUUGUUCUAUGUGUUUUAUUUGAUUUUUUUUUUACAUAACUGUUGUUUUUAUUUAUUUAAGAUACAGGAGAAAUGUGGUACUGCCCUUGGCAGGGAUGUUCAACCUACUACCCUACGUCUCAUGUGGAACUGCAGCCCCGGCUCUGUAGCCAAAGGACACUGGGUGGUGUUGUCAUUGUUAGUCAUCCCUGGUUAAUAGAUAUCGAGGCUACGCCUGAAAUUUAUACUCAAUCAUAUUUUAAUAUGGACAAUACACCUUUAAUUCUAUGGAGUGCUCUUCAUUGCUAUGCUUGAAUUUGGCAGCUAGCGAUCAACUGUCAUUGUUUUGUUUUUUUUCCCCAUAACAAGUUGGAGAAAUGUUUUAACUAAUAUUAACGGAGUAGUUGUAUUUUUACAACAGUAAUUAGCUUGUACUCAAAGGCAAGAUUUAUUCUGGUGGAAGUGCCUUGAUGUCUUCUGAUGAUUUCCUACGGCACGCGUUUCACUCACGUCCACGGGAAAAUAUUCUUAGAAACCAGUUCUAGGGAUGGUACUUCCACUUGUCUUAACUAGAGUACAGAGUAUUUAUAAAUAUAUAUAUAUUUAUGUACAAUAAAAUAGCAAUGGGCGUACAGCCCUGCUGCUGAUCAAACUCACAUUUACAGAAGCCAAUGGUCUGGGAAAAAAAAUAUCUAUGAAAAUAAUGCAUUUUUUGCUUGUAAACCAGUCACAGAAAUUAUUUUAAUAUGAAAAUUCUCAUAAAAAGGAUUUUUAUGUUGUGUAUGUUUCUAAAAGUUAGAUUUAAAUAAUUACUUUUUUUAUUUCUGUUCUUUUGCAAAGGGAGAAAUAAAAAAAAAUAUAUUCUUUAGCAGAAGAAAAUAUACUGAAAAAACUGUAAUAAAGCACAAGAGUUUGAA